AGACAUAACACAUAACCUCAAACGUGAAGUGAAGUGACAUCGUGACAUCGUUUUCGACAGUGACUUGCAAUUUUUGCUUAUUUUGCUUAGAAUUUCUAAAAUUUCUGUGUUUUUUAAGUUUUUCUGUGUGAAAUUGUGUGAUCAGAAGUUCAGAACUAUAAAAAGUAAUGGAUCAUAAAUCAAAGACUUGGACAGUAGUCCAUUUCGACGAUGAUGAUACAGUCGAGGCAGUACCUAGCAUUUGGAUUCAUGGGGAUCAGUGCCUAUGGCCUCCAUACAACCAUGAUAAGCUGCAAAAAGCUAUUCAAAACGGGGAAAUGAAUAGCCACUGGCCCUCCCAUAAAAUCACUUUAUUCAAAGAUGCAAGAUUUCGUGAUUAUUCGACUGCUAGGUCUAAAGCUCGAAAGGCAGAAGUCACCAGUGAUCUAAAUUCAGAUGAUGGCAAAAAUAAGAGGCAAAGGAAAAAAAAGUUUAUGAGCUCCUCUGAAUCCGAGUCAGAAGACAAUAGGGUUUUAUCACAAUUUCGGAAGAAGCUACCAACUCCUCCAAAAAAAAAGUCACGGCUUUCUUUGGAGGUUUCAAGACCAACUUCGAACACUUUGACUUUGGUAGACGCCAAUGUAACCAUUGAAAUUAGUGAAAGCCAACCUCGAGGUCAACCUAGUGCAACAUCGUCUUCGAACUCAAGUUGUAACAAUUUGUGCACACAUUGCUGCACAAAAAAUUCCAAGAACAAAGAUAACAAGACGACUCUCUUUGUUAUUAAAGAUAUAUGUUGUGAUAUUUUAGCUAAAGUUGAAAAAUUACAGACUUCAGAACCUGUAAAUCCAAUUCCUGGAAACCUGUUAAAUCAGGUUGGCAUUGAUUUUCCAAUGACUACAAUGGAGGAGCUAUCCAUAUUUGAAGAGUUUUUUAAAAAUGAAGAAAAAUAUACUGUCCUGGUCCGGAUGUUCUCAAAGAUGGGUGGCUCCACAACUGGAGAUUUUAUAAGAAGGUGUUUGGCACCUAUAAUUUCAAACGAAUUAGCAAUGAAGUUUAGUUUCAUUGGAAGAAAAGAAAAGGAAAAUUUUAGUGUUAUCUGCCUAUCCAAGGCAAUUGUAGAAGCAGCAGAUAAGAUGCCAUUCAUUAAAGACAAAAAAGAAACAGAAUCUGCCAUAGGAUCUUGGCUGAAACGUGGUAAAGCUAGACUCGAACACAGCGAAAAAAAUAAAUAAUUUUUUUUACGUCAUAUCAUUUAUAUCAGAAUUAUAGUUUUCAGUUCCUUCUAAACCAAAUAAAAUGAAGAUUAAGAUUUAGUUUUCCUGUACAUACUACAUAUAUAGGUACUGUACUUUACUUAUAUUUUUCUAUUUAUAUUAUGUACUUCAAUUUGUUUAUUCUAUAUGUAGGUACAUAGGUACGCAUAUUUUAGUGCAUCUAUAUUAUUGAAUUUUCUGUAGAAUCUCAGUUUUUAGUUCCUUUUAUAA